AUGAGCUGCUGGACGGAGGCUUUCAUGCAGGAGGCGCUGCAGCUGGCUGAGCGGUACGAGCGUGACUGCAUGGAGCGUGCCGAGCGUGAGCAGCACGAGGCAGGUAGGGUAACCGAUGGUAACCGGGUGAACAGAGUGGAGGAGUGGAAUGCCAGCCUGGAAGCUGCAGAGACGGCGGCCAUGGCAGACGAGGAUCUUCUGCCCAAAGCUGAGCUUUCCAAAGCUGCAGUUUCUGACACAGGGCUUCGCAGUGGUGUUUCGAGAUACGGCACUGGGAGCUGCUCCAUGCACAGGUUGCAAAGCCCUUCGCGUUGCUACCGGCCCGUCCAUUGGCUUUUGCAGCCAUGGCUGAUCGCGAGAAGGUAUGUGUACUUUUCCAAGCUUGCCGAGCAGGCAGAGCGCUACGAUGAGAUGGCCGACCACAUGAAGAAUGUGGGUAAUGCAGGUGGCGAGCUCUCCGUGGAGGAGCGCAACUUGCUGUCUGUGGCCUACAAGAACAACGUGGGCUCUCGCCGGGCUGCUUGGCGCAUCAUCACCAGCGUCACGCACAAGGAGACUACCAAGGGCAACACGGAGAACGCCAACUACGCCAAGGAGUACAGUAAGAAGGUCGAGGAUGAGUUGCAGAAAAUUUGCGUUUUCUACCAGAAGAUGAAGGCCGAUUACUAUCGCUACAUUGCCGAGUUCCGCGACAAUGACGAGAAGGAAAAGGCUGCGCAGAGUGCAAGCCAGGCCUACCAAGAGGCGGCGAACGUUGCCGAGAAAGACCUGGCCGUCACGCAUCCUAUUCGCCUUGGCUUGGCCUUGAACUACUCCGUCUUCAUGUACGAGGUGUUGCUUAAGCCAGAUGAUGCCUGCAAAAUGGCGCGCACUGCUUUCGAGGAUGCCAUUGCUGAGCUGGACAAUGUGGCCGAGGACUCGUACAAGGACUCGACGCUGAUCAUGCAGCUAUUGCGCGACAACCUGACGCUGUGGACGUCCGACCAGGGAAGUGAGUGGCGCUUUCACUGCAGAGGCGACCGUGGAAACGCCCUGAUCCCUGAAGCCUUCAAACCCUGGCGCGCGCCCCGGCCACGGCUCAAGCUGCAACAGCUGCUAAGCUGCAUCGAGGUUGUACAGCCCUUCGCGUUGCUACCGGCCCCUCCAUUGGCUUUUGCAGCCAUGGCUGAUCGCGAUCGCGAGAAGUAUGUGUACUUUGCCAAGCUUGCCGAGCAGGCAGAGCGCUACGAUGAGAUGGCCGACCACAUGAAGAAUGUGGGUAAUGCAGGUGGCGAGCUCUCCGUGGAGGAGCGCAACUUGCUGUCUGUGGCCUACAAGAACAACGUGGGCUCUCGCCGGGCUGCUUGGCGCAUCAUCACCAGCGUCACGCACAAGGAGACUACCAAGGGCAACACGGAGAACGCCAACUACGCCAAGGAGUACAGUAAGAAGGUCGAGGAUGAGUUGCAGAAAAUUUGCGACACCAUUCUUACUCUGCUGGACAAGAAGCUGAUUCCCCAGGCCACCUCCGGUGAGUCAAAGGUUUUCUACCAGAAGAUGAAGGCCGAUUACUAUCGCUACAUUGCCGAGUUCCGCGACAAUGACGAGAAGGAAAAGGCUGCGCAGAGUGCAAGCGAGGCUUACAAAGAGGCGGCGAAGGUUGCCGAGAAAGACCUGGCCGUCACGCAUCCUAUUCGCCUUGGCUUGGCCUUGAACUAUUCCGUCUUCACGUACGAGGUGUUGCUUAAGCCAGAUGAUGCCUGCAAAAUGGCGCGCACUGCUUUCGAGGAUGCCAUUGCUGAGCUGGACAAUGUGGCCGAGGACUCGUACAAGGACUCGACGCUGAUCAUGCAGCUAUUGCGCGACAACCUGACGCUGUGGACGUCCGACCAGGAGGGAGGACAGGCCUAA